AUGGCCUCUAGCGCACCUAUCGCGACCGCCCCCGUGGCCGUCCACAAGACUGUCGGUGGGAACGCGGCGUUCCAUAAUUUCCAUAACGACUUUGCUCAUAUCUCUGACCCGAAUGAGAGGAGGCGCUUGGCUCUCGCCGAGAUCGAUAAGGCCCCGUUUGGGUGGUACCAUGUGCGCGCGGUAGUUGUGGCGGGCAUUGGCUUCUUCACUGAUGCUUACGAUAUUUUCGCCAUCAACCUGGUCACCGGCAUGCUCGGGCUCGUCUAUUGGGAAAAUGGCAAGAUCCCCGAGUCGUCCGACACGGCCAUCAAGGUGUCGACCUCCGGCGGGACCGUCAUCGGGCAGCUGCUCUUUGGGUGGCUGGCCGACGUGGUGGGCAGGAAGAAGAUGUACGGGCUCGAGCUGAUCAUCAUUAUCGCGACGACGCUGGCACAAGCACUGUCGUCGGAGUCGCACUCCAUGCACAUUGUGGGCCUGUUGGUAUUUUGGCGUGUCAUCAUGGGCAUUGGUAUCGGAGGAGAUUACCCCCUGUCGUCGAUUAUCACCGCUGAAUUCGCAACCACGAAAUGGCGCGGCGCCAUGAUGGGCGCCGUCUUCGCCAUGCAGGGCAUCGGCCAGCUCGGCGCAGCCCUCAUGGCACUCAUCGUGACCGUCGCCUUCAAGUCGCAGACCAUCACCGCCAACCACCCCAGCGAGUGCGGCGACGCCUGCAAGACCGCCGUCGACCGCAUGUGGCGCAUCAUCAUCGGCUUCGGCGCCGUCCCCGGCUGCAUCGCGCUCUACUACCGCCUGACCAUCCCCGAGACGCCGCGCUACACCUUCGACGUCGCGCGCGACGUCGAGCAGGCCGACGCCGACGUCAGCGCAUACCUUGGCGGCAAGCCCUCCGGCGACGUCGACGAGAUCCGCCGCGUCGAGACCAUGCAGGCGCGCGCGCAGCUCGAGGUGCCCAAGGCCUCAUGGGCCGACUUCUGCCGCCACUACGGCCAGUGGCAGUUCGGCAAGAUCCUCCUCGGGACUGCGGGCUCUUGGUUCCUCCUCGACGUGGCCUUCUACGGCCUCGGUCUCAACACGUCCAUCAUCCUCGCCGAGAUCGGCUACAGCGCCAAGGACAACGUGUACCAGAAGCUGUACAACAACGCCGUCGGAAACCUCAUCCUCGUGUGCGCCGGCGCCAUCCCGGGCUACUGGGUGACGGUCUUCACGGUCGACACCAUCGGCCGCAAGCCCAUCCAGCUCGGCGGCUUCGUGAUCCUCACCAUCCUCUUCUGCGUGCUCGGCUUCGCCUUCCACAGCAUCUCGUCCUCGGGCCUGCUGGCGCUGUACGUGCUGUGCCAGUUCUUCUUCAACUUUGGGCCGAACGCCACCACCUUCUUGGUCCCCGGCGAGGUGUUCCCGACGCGCUACAGGUCCACGUCGCACGGCAUCUCGGCGGCCAGCGGAAAGGUCGGCGCCAUCAUUGCGCAGGUGCUCAUCGGCCCGCUCAGGACCAGGGGCGCCACCGAGAAGAAUGCCAGUCCGUGGUUGAACCAUGUCAUGCAGAUCUUUGCCGCGUUUAUGUUUGCGGGUAUCUUUACGACGCUGCUGAUUCCGGAGACUGCGAAUGAUGGGGGGCUAACAAAGAUGCAGAAACGCAAAACACUAGAGCAGCUCUGCGAGGAACUCUACGGCGAGGGCAUCGCAAGCGAGGAGAAAGCGCUCGCCGCCGCCGGCGGCGGUCCCAUCGAGCCGUCAACUGUGCUUCCUCCGGCGGCGCCGACGGAGAAAUUAUAG